CACGCCAUCGGAUUCCCGACUCCCCUCUCCGCCUCCCUCACCGAUCUCGCCUCGCCAAGCCCACCAACCGGCUCACGCCGCAUCGCAUCGCGAUCCAGCGUUCCUCUCGAGCCUUCCCAUCCAGAGCCCUCCCAAACCCCUCCGCCGACCCCCCGAGCCCCCGCCCGCCGCCGCCGCCGCCGCGCCGGAGAUGGUGUACAUCGGCGCGCACGGCGUGGAGACGCUGAAGCGCUACAGGUACAGCGGCCAGGACCACUCGGUGGUGGCCAAGUACGUGCUGCAGCCCUUCUGGAGCCGCUGCGUCACCCUCUUCCCGCUCUGGAUGCCAUCACACUCAUGGGAUUUAUGUUUCUACUUACAUCUUCGCUGCUUAGCUAUAUUUAUUCACCCCACCUUGACACAGCUCCCCCUCGGUGGGUCCAUCUUGCCCAUGGAAUACUUCUCUUCUUGUACCAGACUUUUGAUGCCGUUGAUGGUAAACAAGCAAGGCGCACCAGCUCAUCAAGUCCUCUAGGAGAACUUUUUGAUCAUGGAUGUGAUGCCCUUGCCUGCGCUUUUGAAGCCUUGGCCCUUGGAAGCACCUUGAUGUGUGGAAGGUUGACAUUCUGUUACUGGGUGGUUGCUGCUGUCCCAUUUUAUCUGGCAACAUGGGAACACUACUUUACAAAUACUCUUAUUCUUCCUGUAAUAAAUGGACCAACGGAAGGCCUGAUGCUGAUCUAUGUCUCCCACCUUUUUACCUUUUUUACUGGUGCUGAAUGGUGGGCGCAAGAUUUUCGGAAAUCCCUCCCUCUUAUUAGUUUGGUUCCACUUCCAUUUGUUCCAGAAAUCCCCUUAUAUGUUAUCGUGCUGAUUCUGAUGAUCACGUUUGCUGUAAUCCCAACAGUUGGAUCCAAUAUUGGUAAUGUCCAAAAAGUUGUUGAUGCACGGAAAGGGAGCAUGGAAUUAGCAUUGGCAAUGCUCCUUCCAUUUAUUGCGCUGUUGGCUGGAGUUGCUGUCUGGUGUUAUCUCUCUCCUUCAGAUAUCAUGAGGAACCAGCCACAUCUGCUUGUGAUCGGAACUGGUUCUGCCUUUGGAUAUUUGGUUGGAAGGAUGAUACUUGCUCAUUUAUGUGACGAGCCCAAAGGUCUAAAAACAGGAAUGUGCAUGGCUCUGGUGUUUCUUCCAUUUGCUAUUGCAAAUGCUCUCACCGCCAAGAUUAACAAUGGGACCCCUUUGGCUGAUGAGCUUUUGGUUAUUCUUCUGUACUGUGCAACCUCAGUGGGUCUUUACAUGCAUCUUGCCAUUUCGGUUUGUCAUGAAAUCAAGGAUGCUCUUGGAAUCUAUUGCUUCAGGAUAGCCAGAAAAGAGGCUUGAAUUUGCCUGAAUCCCUACGUAGCAUUUGAAGCAUUCUGCCUUCCAGACAUUGUCCGUCUGCAUUCACAAGUCUUAACAUUACAACAACGUAUAGCCAUGGAUGCUCAACGAAUCCUGUCAUUGGAACUCCAUGGCCACCGGUUAUUCAUCAUGCUAAAUGCAGAUAUGCAGAUAGAUAUAUCUUGUGUGGACUGUAAUGCAGAUUUGUGUUAAGUAGCAUAUGUACAUGUGGUGCGGUCGGUGUAAUGUACGUCAUGGGUAGGGAAGCGGUAGCUUUCUUAACUUAAACUAGAUGGUGGGAUGACCGAUGUUUCUAAGAUUGUGUUCCAAGAGAAUUCUUUUGUGGGGUGCAAAGCCUAGUCUCGCCAAAGUUUUUCUUUUUUCUUUUGAGAGGAGUUGAUUACCGUAUAGCAAAUGUAAUUUUGGGUGGUGCGAGCCGUCUUGUGAAACUAAUUUACAUGGCUUGUAGGUUUCCUUUUAGAACAAGUUUAGUAAUGCCAUA